UGGGCAUUCCUUACUUCCCUGUACUGACUAUAUCCUCUUCUACCACAACAUAUAUAAGUCUGCAGCUUUUUUACUAAGUCACUGCUCUCUAACAGCCUCUUAGGACAGAUUUAAACCUUGACUGGUGAGACGCAAUUGAGCUUAAAGCAUGUCCACCAUUGGAUUUUCAUCAUUCGUGGGUUUAUUUUUUGUCUGCUGCGUCUGUUGCAGCAGAGCUAUGCCGACAACAAUCAGCCAGGAGGCUGUGAAUGACAGACCUGUGAUUGGUAUUUUGACUCAGAUAGUUUCAGAUGAUGUCAUGAAGCCAUUCGGGAGGACCUACAUACCUGCCUCCUAUGUGAAAUAUAUUGAGUCUGGGGGCAGCAGAGUGAUGCCUAUCAAAUUGACUCUCACUACUCCUGAAUAUGAAAAUAUCUUCAAGAAGAUAAACGGCCUGCUUUUCAUCGGUGGAGCUGUAGAUUUGGAGACAUCAGACUUUGCCAGGGUGGCAAAGAUUUUUUAUAGACUCGCUCUGACGGCCAACGAUGCUGGGGACUUCUUCCCCAUCUGGGGCACAUGUAUGGGCAUGCAGCUACUGACUGUACUGGUGGCUGGUGAAAAUCUACUGACAAACACCACAGCUGAGAACAUAGCCUUACCCCUCAACCUAACUUCAGAGGCCCACUCCAGUAGGAUGUUUGAGGGUUUCCCAGAUGAGCUAAUGAAGAUUUUGACCCAAGAGCCUCUGACUGGCAAUUUUCACCACUAUGGACUUACAGUAGAGACCUUCCAGGAAAAUGAGAAGCUAAAGAAUUUCUUCUCCGUCUUGUCUACAAACGUUGCCGAAAACGGAGCCCACUUUGUCUCAACCAUAGAAGGUAAGAAAUAUCCCUUCUAUGGGGUACAGUGGCACCCAGAGGUGAAUCGUUUUCAGUGGGACAGAAAACUGAACUUUCCUCACUCCCCACACGCUGUUCAGUUAUCGUCUCUGCUGGCUGAGUUUUUUGUCAAUGAAGGAAGGAGAAGUUUACAUCAGUUUGGCGAUCCUGAAGAAGAGAUCUCAUCACUGAUUUACAGCUACACACCUAUCUACGCUGGAAACUUCACAGGCUAUGAGCAGGUCUAUUUCUUCUGAGAUCCUCCAGUGGGUGAUUUUGUGCGUCCAUCCGUGCAUGCACAAAACAACACUUUAUAUAUAGUUUAUUGUGCAACACAAAAUCUACUGGUUUUAAUCACAAAUAGGCCUCAAAAGGGAAGGUUGAUUCCAGAGUGCAUUUCUAUCACACUGAGGAGACGUUUCUGCUCCAGUGUUUCUUUUUACACUUAGUUUAUAUAAAUCUGAUGACCUUUAUCUGAAUAAAGAAAUGAAUAAUCUGA